AUGCCUCAUACGCCGUCCUUACCAGGGCGAGGCUCGUUUCGUGUUCGCGCUUGUGACAACUGCCGAUUACGCAAGCUGUACAGCUCUUGGGAUUUCGUGCAAACUGGCUGGGGUAUCCUCUCCCGCCCCCGAGCCCUCAGGAAGUCAAUCAACGCCACAUUGACGGUGAUUCAAAGAACACUGGAUCAACUCACACGACCGUCAACAUCAACUAACAUUGCACCUGCCGUCGCGCAGCCUGUAUCGUCGCCCCAGACCGGACCGACGUUCGAAGGACAGUCUUCCUUCCACCACCAAAGUCUCCUCGCAAAAGAUGCCGUACUCUCUGCGGUGAAUGGCUCGCAGAAUGUCUGCCUCGAUGAGAAUGUCUCGGCGGCUCUAUCAUCGUUAAAAGACCGUCUCGACCGCCAUCAAGAGCCACGCCAAUCCCAGCGAACCCCGGAAUUGCCACCCUCACUUUCCAAGGAACCACUGUUACCAGUGGAUCUGGUUGUUGCGAUAGUAAAGAAAGUAAAAGAGACAGUCCAACCCCCGUUCUUCCUGGUUAGUCAGACCUGGAGAAACCCACAGCAGCUGGAGACACUCUGUCAGUCGGUCUACUUUCCACUCGAACCAGUCACCGCUGGAGCGUUGGCCCUACUACACGGCUUGCUGUAUCAUAUCAUCCGGGACUAUCUGCAUGAACAACCUGCCGACCUCGCCCACUAUGAUCUAUCGUCAAGUGCAGCGUUUUGCGAAAGGCAAUUUUCCUCCGCCUUGCAAAACCAUGACAUGAUGGUCAAUCCAACUAUCGAAAAGGUCCAAGCUUUGUUAAUUGGGGUCAUUAAAGCUCAGGAAGAAUCAGACUUACAGCAUUGCUGGACCUAUCUGUCCCUAGCAUCCAACAUGUGUCAAUCAAUGGGUCUUCAUCGGUCCUACACCUUGGCGAAUGACAAAUCUGCCAUUGCAGAGUCAAAGCGGCAUGCGUUCUGGUCUCUGUAUACUAUCGAUAAAAACGUUUCGCUGAACAUGGGGCUGACAUCCCACUUUCCCGACCAUGAUAUUGACGCGGAUCUCAUUACUCCCUCCGACGAUCCCAAACGUCGCCCCUGGGAUCUGAUGAGCCUCGUCAUUGUUGAGUUCGCAUCAAUUCAAGGCCGUGUGUAUGAUGAGUUAUACUCCGCAGCCGCAUCAAAAGCAUCCGACGAGCAGCGGUGGGCCGCUAUUGAUAAGCUCUCUUCCGAUCUGAUCACUGUUCGUGACAAGUUACUGGCUAUCGAUGUCAGUCAAGGCUACUAUGCGGAAUCCUUGCAUGGCAUGGCUGCAUGCGCCGAUUUCAUUGCCUACUCUGUGUUAACCGUCAUCUACCGGGCGCAGACUCGCCCUCGUGAUGCAACAGCGAUCUCUUCCCAAUGCUAUGAAGCCGCAGCGCUGGCUCUACAUAGUCACCUAAAGUGCUUCACAUAUUUCCGUGACCGCCAAACGCACAAACAGACAGAAUAUGUUAACUGUCAGAUCUCUAGAUCUGGUGAAGGGGUUGUCGCGUGGUUCGAUGCACCUCUACAGUAUAUGCGAAGCCUUUGCAAAAACAGCGGAGGUUCUUGUUGGUACACAGCAGACACUGACCGGGCUGGAGAAGGAUCCAGAUGGCUCACUCAUCAUGCCGCCUGGUUUUGA